AUGAUCGAACAACACGACUUCCUUCUCGAGGCCGGCUACACUUACGACAAGAAAACUAAUGGGGCGCGGUCAACAACAAAGCACCAAUUCCCUCUCAUCCUACCGAAGGUGGUGGGCAGCGGAACUGUUACCUACGUUGACGAGCAGGCUAAGGCGGAAGCUUUCAAUAACUACAAUACGAGAUCCGAGCACUAUAUUGACCGUGUGGAGGAGAGGAGAGCGUACAGAAGAAUUCGAGAUAGAGUGAAGGCCGAGUUGUCUAGGAGUAGUAGGAGUGGGCAGGAAAUCGAGCGGGGGUCAGUUGUGAGGAUAUCCGUGGGAUCGGACGAGGGUUCUGUUUGUUGGUUUGACGCGGUAAUUACUCAUGUGGAUCGCAGUACCGGUAGGACUCACUGCCGCGUAGACUGGCUAAAUGGGGAUGAACCCGAGUGGCUGGUGCUCGAAGAAGAAUGCUGGACGUUCGUCGAUAACUCGGUGAGAGAAGAAUAUGAUAAAGUAUUCUCUAUGGGAGAGGUGACCUUCACUCUGAGAACUAUGUCAUUGAACAAAGCCGGUGGCAGCGAUGGUAUUCCUAUGCAGUGCCUUCAGCAUCUUCCUGACGAAGCCCUUGAACUGUUCCUGGAUAUUAUGAAUAAAACUUGGUUGGGGCAUGGUAUGCCGAGACAGUGGACAUCUUCGAGGUUGUGCCCUAUACCGAAAUCGAAACCUGGGGCGUUCAGACCUAUAGCUUUGACGAACGCAAUGGCUCGUGUUGCGGAUAAGCUGGUGACGAGGAGGAUUACGCACUACCUCGAGAGUUGCUCUCGAUCCAUCCAACCUGAACAGUCGGGCUUCCGAAGGGGAAUGUCUGCCGAGCAGCAGACGUGUGCCUUCGCUCAGUAUCUGGAAGACGAAAUCCAGAAAGAUCGAGCUGUGGUUACUAUCUUCUUGGAUGCGACAUCUGCAUAUGAUUUUGUGAGGCAUGACAUACUCCUAUCAAGGCUCGGUGGUGUUGCUGUACCCCCUCGAUUAUGGUGCUGGCUGCGGAACUUCAUUAAGAAUAGAGCUGUACAUACUCUGUGGGGCAGCUCUCAAUCCAAGAAAAGGAUAAUUAGGAGAGGUGUCCCACAAGGUUGCUCCUGCAGUCCUAUGCUCUGGUUAGCGUACAUGUCCCCACUUAUUUCUUACUUAUGGGAUGGCGAUGUUGAGGAUGUUGUUUUUCGGACUUUCUGCUUAGCAGACGAUGUUUGCAUCACGAUGUCCGUCAAAACUUCCGUUUUCGAUGAUAAGUUAUCGUUGAUGCAGAAACAACUAGAUGGUGCGGCUGAUUUUUUCACAUCUUCAUCUAUUAAGCUGAAUGCUAAUAAAUCAGCUUUGGUUGUUUUCUCGACCAACUGUAGUAUCCGGAGAAAAAACGUUCAACUUUUUAUAGGCACUGAUCCGGUACCUCGCACUGUUGAUCAACGCAUGCUCGGUUUGUAUGUCGAUGAGGGUUUGACGUACGCUAAACAUUGUGAUAUGUGGCAAAAGCGGGUUUAUGCGCGGUUGAAAAUCAUGGGGAACGAGCUUCGGAAGCACGAAGCAGUUAGCGGACCAGUACAUUAUGUCCAGCGCAUUAUAUGCUUCACCUGGAUUCUAUGGGGGUGUGAGCUCGAAGAGAAAUUUAUCUAA